GCGCUGCUGCCGCACCCUGCAUUGAGGCUCAAACUUCCUCCAUCGCAGGUGAAGAGACGCCGCGGAGAGAGGCACUAAAGAGAGUGUUUAACCGAGAACUCGCACUCUUCGGGACCGGAGGGGCAUGGAGUGAACAGAGGAGAACCGAAGGAGGGAUCUUCCUCAGAAGCUUGUUCUUGGUAUAUUGGAGGAAAACCCAUGAACCAAAGCUCAAUGCCUCACGCUAGUCUAUUAGCCAAGAACCCCUUUGCUUAAUUCUUCUAGAAACACCACAUUGGUGUACCAACCAUCCCCCCCCAGCCCAGCCAGUCUUCCCCCCAGCCCAGCCAGUCUUCCCCCCCAGCCCAGCCGGUCCUCCCCCCCAGCCCAGCCAGUCCUGCCCCCCCAGCCCAGUUCUGAAGUCCACAUUUGGCCAACAUGGCCGCCGUAACUGCAGCUAAACAGACCUGUUACUACAAUGAAUCGAUAUUGUUCUUCUACAACAACUCCCGUAAGCCUGUUUCAGACACCUGGCGUACGCAGGACUACAUUGUGGUCAGCCUUGGACUGACGGUGUGCAUCUUCAUCAUCCUGGCCAACAUCCUGGUCAUGACGGCCAUAUUUGUAAACCGAAGGUUCCACUACCCCAUCUACUACCUGCUGGGGAACCUGGCGGCGGCCGAUUUGUUUGCCGGGCUUGCGUACAUGCACCUGAUGUUCCACACUGGGCCAUGGACCCAAAAGCUGACCAUCUACCAGUGGUUCAUCCGACAGGGUUUGAUCGACACCAGUCUGACCGCUUCGGUCAUAAACCUGAUGGCCAUUGCGUUGGAGAGGCACCAGACCAUCUUCACCAUGCAGCUGCACAGUAAAAUGACCAAUCAGCGUGUGUUGCUGCUGAUCCUGGGUAUCUGGGUGGUGGCCACCGUGAUGGGCCUGGUGCCCACCAUGGGCUGGAACUGCGUGUGUAACCUGAAGAAGUGCUCAAUGAUGGCGCCCCUGUACCACAAGGAUUACCUGGUGUUCUGGGCUGUGCUGAACCUGGUGAGCUUCACCAUCAUGGUGGUGGUUUACACGCGCAUCUUCAUGUACGUCCGGCACAAGAGUCAGCGCAUGAGUCAGCACACAACGCAGGUCAAGCACAGAGAAACGGUGGUCAGCCUCAUGAGGACUGUCUUCGUCAUCCUGGGAUGUUUUGUGAUCUGCUGGACGCCGGGUUUGGUCCUGUUGUUGCUGGACGGUGUGACCGAUGACACUUUCGUCUUGCGGGUUGAGAAGUACUUCUUGGUUCUGGCUGAGAUGAACUCCCUGAUGAACCCAAUCAUCUACUCCUACCGAGACCAGGACAUGCGCCGCACCUUCAAACGGAUCCUCUGCUGCCUCUGUCCUCGCGCCGGCCAGCGGGGGGAGCACGCCGGCGUGCACUUCAACACCCUGGACCAAGAGAGAAGGCGACAAGAAUUGGAAGACUCGUGGAUAGCUUGUAAAUUAACGUGCGCUUCAUCCUCGUGAUUGGAUGAAAAAAAAAUCUGACUAUUCCUCCCUGGCGACCAAUCAACUCAAAGUCUGUGAAGUGUGUUUAUUGAUGCCGUUCCUUUUUUUCGUUUUUAUGCUGUGUAUCUUGGGGGAAGAAGCCAAGACUCUGAAGUGUGCUGCAGUUUAUUAUCAGCGUGCCCGUUAAUGAUCUCUACACCUCCAGAAGGACUGACUGUGCACCAAAGGCUUAAGGCUGGGCUGUGCUGCACCCCCUGGGUGCUGUGGGGCUGUCAGGGCAUUUGUUUGUGCGGGGUGUGUGUGGGUCAGUGCCGGCUUUGGGAGAGCGUUAUAAUGCCGUGCUGACUUGGUACUAGUGUGCUGAUUUAUUGCAGAUUGGGAUUAACUCCACGUCCUCGCAGUCCAAAAGCCCUGCGUCACCCGAGCGCCGCGGCCACGUUGCCGCGACCCCCACGACCUACUUCCAGCAGAUGUGCAGCGGCUCCCUGCUGUCGGUCCGUCGCGCUCGCCGCUGCGUGACUCAUUUAUGAGCUCGUGUGUGUUUGUAGACUAAUCCCUCAAAUAUUUACACAUCCGUCCUUCUCGGUGGAAACAUUUCAGCGUCGCGCGCCAAGAGGGGGGUGAAUUGUUGCGUUACGCCGAAUUGUUCGCGCUCCGACUUCCUGCCGCUUGUUUGUUCCCCCACACAUACAUCCACACAAAGGAAUGCCCUGAUAAGUGUUCAUCUUAUAUGCGCUCAGCAGGUGUUGUGUGGAUAUGUGAGCUGCCAUCCAGGAGGGCCCAUAUCAUGCUAAUCUCUCCAUAGUUCAGUGAGUGAGGUGAAAUCAGAGGUUCAGAGGGUUCAGUGUGAAAUGGCUCAGACGUCUUUACAGUGGUGGUGAUGGGAACCAGGCGUCGCCAUGACUACAACACAGAUCUAGACACUUUAUUUACCAUCCAGAACCA